AUGGGUGUCACUUUCGACGACGAGGCUGAGGUUGGAGACUCUUCUCCUGACGAUGUUCCCACCCCUCGCCCAACGAAGGCCCAGGAUGAUCGCUCCAAGAGGAACACCCGCGUCCUCAAGUCCCUUCGGAAGGUGUGGUCAGAUCUCCCGGACGAGGCCAGGACCCAGCUUAGCGAUGCCGGCUUCGAGGCCCCACUUCCCUCCGAUAUGGAGCCUGACCUUCUUGCCUUGCUCCAGGACAAUGUGGAGCUGCUCCCAGAGUGCAUCCGCCAGGCCUUGCCUCCCCCUCCCCCUGAGCCCACCCCGGAUCCUCUCAAGGAAGGCCGCGAGUCGGGUAAUGCUCUCCGCCGUUGCAUCUUGAAGCUCAAGCAGCUGGGACAGGAGAAGCUCAGGCUCCAGGAGGAGAUCAACAAGACCAAGACCAAGGUGAACGACCUUCUCCGUGGCAUGCAGGAGCUCCAAGAGGCCAUCUCCGAGGAAACCGAUGUAGCCCGGUGCUCUGACACUUAUGAGAGAGGCGUCCUUCUGCACGACCAAAAGGCCAAUCUCCAAGCUCUCCGAGCCUCGGCCAAGCCACCUCCUGAUGUGCAGGCAAAAGCCGAUGGAGAUCUUAAUGAGGAGCCCAGUGGUGCUCCACCUGCGCUUCCCGAAGCCCGGCAGGUCGGACUCACCCCACCUCAGAAGGUUACACGACAACCGCGACGGCAGCCCCGGAUUCUAUCUCUUGAGUCCUUGGUGGCGCCUCCUCCUCUUACGGGGCCGAUCUUCUUUCCGCCUGCUUUCGUCACAGACCCCGAUCCAGAGGCGGCGUGGCAAUUGGGCUUGGUCGCCUUUCCCUCCGGCGCCCCGCGCCGUCGAGGUUUUAGGAAGACCAAAAAGGCCAGUCACCGGCGCCGCCGAAUGCACUGUGAGGGUCUCUUUUGUCAGGAGCAGGUGGAUCUGUGCAGUCAGGCCGUAGACCCGGCCUUUCCAACUGAGCACGUCCUUGUCGAGUUCGCCGCCCGGGCUGAGGACUCAAUUUCCCCGGGGUCUUCGGAAGAGUGGUUUCUGGAGCAUGCGCUGGAUGCCAUCCACGAUGACUCUCCCUCCCCUCCCAAGUGGCACCUCAUGAAGCAGAUGGCUCACGCUCUCUCUUUGCAGCACAACACCCCUCACAACCCUGCCUCUUUUAGGCUCCUCUCGGCCAAUGUCACUCAUUGGCGACCUGAGGUUCGGGAUUGGGCCUUCUCACUGGAGGCCCAUGGGGUCAUGCUUCAGGAGCUUCACCUGACCGCCGAGGCCGCCCACGAAGCCGCGAUUGCCGCUACCAAACGGGGGCUUCGCCUCUUUACCUCCCCCCCCUUUCUCAGCGACAAGAAGCGUCCUUUGGGGGGUUUCGGUGUGCUUAUUCGCUCCUUCCUCAACCCCCGCCACGUCUUGACCCACGCCGUGGAGGGCUGUGGUUUCCUUGCAGUUUCACUGAGGUGUUCGGGCUUUGAGCUCACCUUGGUUUCCAUUUACCUCCAGUCUGGGACCGGGUUUAAUUCCCCCGUCAAUGCCGAAGUCUUGGCUCGCCUUCUUGCCUUCCUCCCCUCCCUUCGGGGAGUGUGGAUUGUCGCAGGCGAUUGGAACAACACCAUUCAGGAACUCCUCGCCGCCAGGCUUGAGGAAGUUGCCCACGGGCGAUUCUUGGGAUCAGGCAGCCCCACGGCUGCUACCGACCGGGAGAUCGACUACUUGUUUGUUUCAGCUCCUGUCGUCGCCUCCCUUUCACUUGCUCAGGUCUUUCCUGACCCACUUCCCUUCCUGCCGUCGACCCCAAGGCCCUCGCCCAUAGCUGAGGUUAAUCUCCUCGGCCUCACCUCCUCAGAUCAGCUCUCCCUUGACUUUGCGGAGCUGAGCUCCUUCCUUGAGGCAUCUCAUGGCUUUCCUGAUCGAGGACGUGGGGCCUUUGUCCCCUUGCUUUACAAGCCCCUCGUCCAGAGUCACUCCGUUCCCUUCUCCUGGAAGGGCCAGCUCCCGUCCUUGGUGUCGGCUGUGCUCCACUUGCUUGACCGGCCGGAGGCCCUGCAGCUUUUCCUUUGGUCUGCCUCGGACACUUCCCUUCCCUCCGAGGUCCGCGCCUUCUGUGACCGAGCCCUUGUAGGAACCGCCUCCUCGGCCGACCUCCGGGAUGAGGGCGUCACCCUUCUUGGCCAGCUUCGGCGCACUCAAACUGCCCAGCAGGCAGACCAAUAUGCCGAGUGGUUGGAGGAGGCCACCGGCUCUCACCUAGGUCCGCUCUUCCGGGCCAUCAAGUCCCACGAGCAGGUGCUCGACCGACCCUUCCAGGACUGUGAUGGGCUCCGCCGUGCCUUUGAGCGACACGAGCACUGGGCUGAGGUGCUACUCCCCUUCCAGCUCACUUGUGUCCAGGCUGUGGGCCCGAGCCAGGUGGAAGGAUAUCGCGGCCUGGACGUCGGCAUACUCCCGCGACGUGGGUCAGAGCACUCUAAGCUCGAGAAGACUCACAUCGUGAGUCUCUUCCUCGACUUGCGAGGUUUCUUCGACUCGGUCUACCAGGGUCCUCGCUGUCUCGUGGCCGACUCGAUCGCAGCCACGCCGCUCUUUCCUGGCCGGGGCGUUGCCGCCCUCCCCUCCGUCACAAACACCGACCUCUGGUUGGAUGACGUGAGUCUGGACGUUGUCGGUCCUGACCCGGUUGUGGUUGCCUCUGCUGCCCUCCAGGCCUACCGGGUCCUUCACUCUUCCCUCGGCCUCGAAGGCCUGGAGGUCGAAACAACUAAGACUAAGUUUGUUGCUGGUACGGUGCGUGCCCGCGCUGCCCUUAACCAGCUCCGUCGGCCGGGCGAGCCAGAAACCGCUGACCUCGUUAAGGACCUCGGGCUUGACUGCGCCGCCGGCAGGCGACGGCGCAUCACCACCGCGCAAAACGUUUCCGCACCGGCGCAUGCGGCUAUGGGGGUCGCCCCCAAACGCCUCAAGUUUCUCCGGGCAGCUGACACUAUCCUCGACCUCAUGCAAGCCUCCGCCACGCAUGGGUGGAAGAUUGUCAAUGGGCCCGUGUCUGCCCUCAUCCAGUAUUUUCUGGAUUUGCAGGUUUCGGCUCCCACCCCUGACACCUGGACCCAUCGAGAGGUCACCUUCCACUUCCGCUUUCAAGAGCCGGGUGCGGUUUUCGAAGCCUCCGCCUUCCUCCGCCAGGUCAUCCAGCUUGAGCGCUGGGCUCGCAUCGGUGCCGUCUCCACCGCCGCAGGUUAUCUCGUGCCUGCCUGGGCUUGGACUUUGAAAUUAGAAACCAAAACGGCGCAGGCUCGAAAGCCAUCUGCUGCUGUGAAGCUGGACGAAGUGGACGACAAACCGUGGAGAGUGCAGAUUGCUGAAUGGCGGCGCAAGCUUGGCGUUUCGACAAGAUACAAUCCUUUCGACCGUUUGACGUUGAAGAUCAAAGGCCUGCGACUAACGACAAGAAUCAAAGCAUACCUGAAUCUGAUCGUGGCUGACAAGACACAAGAGCUCCGCCUGCAGCAGAAGCAGGGCAAUGGCGGGAAGGACCAGUGCAAAUUCUGUGGGCAGCCCAACACACUCCGCCACCUCCUUUAUGAGUGUGAGCGUGUGCCCGGCGCCCUCAUGCCUUCUGGCUGGUUGCUCUCCUUUAGGCGCCGCCACCCCGAUGAGUGCCUUUGGCUGCGUGGGAUGAGACCCCUCGCGCCCCGCGCUCCCCUCGCCCACGAGGCUGAGGUUCGCCGCACCGGCCUCUUCCUCCAGGGCACUCCUGACUUGACAGGGCUCUUCGUGGCUACGGACGCGUCAGGCGGACCAGCUACGAGGGACAGUCGCCUUCGCUCGGUCGGCUGGGCCAUCGUGGUGGCCAGCCGGCACCAGGACGCCCUCAAUAUCCUCGGCACUAUGACAGGGCUUUUGCCAGCGCCGGCCACCGUGCCGGAGGGAGAGAGCGAGGCAAUUGCCCAAGCUCUCCUCUCCACCCGCGGCACCUUUGACCUCACUUGCGACUGCCGCCCCGCCAUCCGCAGCCUCCAAGGCACCUUCACCAAGCGUACCCCGCUUGUGUGGUCCAAGGCGUGGGACCACAGGCACAGGGUCGAUCCACACUGGGCUCCCACCUUUAGUGCUCCGGAUUUCUGUAUGGAAUUCGGAGCGGAUGCCUUGUGGCGCCACGAGCUGAAUGCCCUUGCCGACAAGCUCGCAGGGGAACGAGCCGAGGAGGUUCAAACUCCUCACCGCCUGGCUGCUCAACGAGAGGUCGACAGAGUUACCUCUCUCCUCUGUGAGUACCCAGGACGCCGCGGCGCUGCGAUUCCUGCCCGGGCGGAGAAGGAGGAUUUUGUCCCGCGGAAGAACCGUCUUCUCUCCGCACUUGACGCCUCCGCAUCUCCCUCGCCCAACAAGAGGCAGAGGUUGCAGGCCUUGCUCGACGAACCCCCCACCCUGGAGGGCACGUCUGGUGCCAGGAGCAAGCCUUUCUCUGAUCUUGAGGUUGAUUGGGGCGACGGCCAGUCAAGUGUGUCCGACCUGCCUGAAUCAGGGAUGCCUCAGGAAAUCGUCCCAGCAGGGCCUUCAUCGAGCGAUUUGCAUGCAGCUUCCUUAGACGAGUGGUUCGCUGAAGUUUCUCUUGAUGACCACGUCUCUGCAAGCAGCGUCGUGGAGCCAGCAAUAGUUGCCAAGGAUAGUGGUGUUCCGAGUGUUGCAGCGACCGCCGUCUUGUCAUCUAGGGAGUAUGCUGCUCGUCUACGGAGCUCCCACCUGAGCUUGCAAGAUGCCACACCGAAGUUCUUUUGGGAGCAGGGGUUUUGGUCCGAUUUCUUCGGUCCUGCCUCAGUGCCGGAAACCAUCAUGCCGAGAUUCAAGGACAGGCGGCCAGACCCUUAUCACUUGCCUUCGUCAGAGCCUGUUGAGCUGGGUCAGUCGCAAUCUUCAAAGAAAGCACGUCGAGAGUUCGCAGCAGUCUUCCAGAAAGUUGUGGUUCAGCGACAGGUGAUUUCUUGGAGGGAUGCUCGUGAGGCCUCCUUUGAAACGGCCAUUGUGAAAUGGGUUGCUCUGUUUGGGUCUUGGGAUUCUAAUAGGGAUGAGUCGCUGGAUGGCUUUGCACAAUUGUCGGAGCUUGAGCAGAGGAACGUCAUCGAUCACAGCAUUGCACGCAAAGCGCCAUCAACUGCCUUGAAAAGAGCAAACUCGCUGAUCAAACUCACGAAGUUGGCCGGAGCCGCAAACAUUGUCAUGCCUGCUUCCGAAGGCGAGAUCUAUAUCAUUUUGACCGAUGCCAAGUCGGGAGGGGCCCCAUUAUCCCAGCUGCGGGGGUUCAUGGAAGCCAUUACCUUCUCGCGACAUGUCUUCGAAAUCAGGAGCCUUCAUCUAGUCAGUGUCAGCAAAAGAUGUUGGGGUGUCACUGUUGCCAGGGUUGCAACUCCUGCAAGACAGGCUGACCCCCUGCGGGUCAAGGACCUCAAGGAGCUUCAUAGGGUGUUGGAUGAGGCGCCAGACCCCUGGGACCGUUGCUUCGCAGGCAGCGCGCUGUUUUGCGCGUACGGCCGUUGCCGAUGGUCUGACUCGCACUUGGAUGAUAUCGAACUUGAAUAUGAAGAGGGCCCUGAUUCUCCCCUUGCAUACGUAGGAGGUGUCAUCGACAUUCACAAAACAAUGAACCUGCAGGGUCAGCAGCCCCGUGUUCUUGAAAUCAUUGCACCGGCGCAAGGAAUCUAUGAAGGUGACUGGGCCCUGAAGUGGCUCGCUGCACGUGCGGAGGUAGGCUGUGCCUGGUCGCAGGGCCACCCGACCAUGCCUGCACCCAAUCAUCUGGGUGAGCCUACUGUCAGGGCUCUGGGCAGUGACGAGUGUGGUGCCUGGCUCAGGGCUCUCUUGCCGACGAGGCUGGACAUGAGAACAACCUCGCACUCUCUGAAGGCAACGUUCUUGAGUUAUUGUGCAAAAAGGGGCAUGAGCCAUCUUGACAGACUUGCGCUGGGAGGGCACUCCCAUGGAGCGAAGAGUGCCGAUACCUAUGCGAGGGAUGCCCUUGCUCGCCCGUUAAGGUUGCUUCAAGGUGUCAUCAGAGAGAUCAGUAUGGGCGUCUUCAUUCCGGAUGCCAACCGUGCUGGCAGGCUAAUCGUCAGUGCUGAGACUUCAGAGCUUGCACAGGAGCUGGGCCAUGAAGUCCCGAGAGUUUCGCCACUGCCUUUGAAGACCGCAGGGCCUCUUCCUGCCCGGCCCAAAGACGAGGUCGUGUCGUGGAGUUCGUUUGAGCCUUCUCCAUCACAGCACGCCGAGCCCGCUUCUGAGUCCCAUGAGUGCGAGGGAGAUGUGUCAGAGGCCGAUGAUGGUUUUGCUGAUGAUGAGGACUGGCCUUUUGCUUCCGAGGAUUCGUCAGAGAAAGUGGAGGUCCUGGUGGAAGAAGAGCCCUCUGCUGCUCCGGCUUCUCCGUGGCCGCCGCUUACCAUUGCCGAUUUGCAGGCUUUGCAGGUGGAGUGGGGCCGGAAGUUUUCUGCUAUGGCUGAGGACCUCGCUAGCCUUCAGUUCCAGGUCCAGAUGCUCGAGAAGGCCAACGAGAACCUCCGUGCUGAAGUUCAGGAUCUUCGUCGCGAGGUCUCUGAUCUGAAGUCCACUGAGUGA